GCUCGAGAAAUAUACAGUAACGGUAUGGGAUAUUCUGCGAGGAAUGCGCUUCGGUAGAUCCACGACGGCUAUGUUGACGCGAAUCCGUUAAUUCACCGCCAAUUCUGAUAUAGUUGCGGAUUUUUCCGCUUCACAUCUUGUCCUUUUGGCCUCCAAACUCGACCGUCGACUGAAAAAGAAAAAAACCUUGAACAGAAAAAGAAUACUUGCCCGUAUUUGCUCUGCCGACAUUAUCUAUUGCAUCUAUUGCAACAUCAUUGUACUCGUACUGGUAUGGUUGCGCUCCCCCGUUUCGCCGCCUUGCGGCUCUUUGACCAACUUACUCUCUCCUUGAAUUUGAGUCUGAGGUUUUGGUCCUGGUCCGAAUGCAGAGCUUGCUCGGGAUCGCCGAACCGCGGCAACAGGCACUGUCCGAGAGGGUGAGAAGCAGCCGGAAGGAUUGAAGGCCCUAAGCUUAGUAGAGGGAGACUCUUUAUCCCGACUCCUCAGAAUUAGAUCCCGACCAACACGGUUUUGGUGCUUCUCUGGACGUCGAAGGGGGGGGAAAAAAUAAUACGGAUACACCGCCACUAGUUCUUCCCGGAGCUACCAUUACCCACCAGGCCGCCUCAAUCACCCUCCCCCCCACGGGCACGCUCCCUUAGGAGCGUGGUCGGUUUUCUCCUGGCUGGCUUAGCUCCCGUCUGAAAUAGCGCUUCUUGCGAAUGGUACUUGAGGCCUGACAGGUCUCCCCCACCCGCCUAGUACGGUAAGUUUCUCUCGCUCCGUCCGAGUUAUUAAUUGAACCUGUUCGGGUCUCCUCUCCGGAUGCCUUGUUGAAUCAUUCAGCAGGUUUCGAAUCGGCCAUUCUGUUAUGUCUGCAACCAACUCCGACUCGAAGAGGCCCCGUCUGGAAUCUUGGGGAUCAUCGUCCUCGCCCCUUUCCCAUGAGAUGCAUCACACCCACUCUCAGCAUUUCCCUCCACAAAGUUCCUCCACAUAUCCUACGACGUCGCCAACAGCUAGUUUUGCCGACUGGCAGAUGAAAACGCCCCCGCAACCGGUUCAGCAUACGUUGUCACAUUCGAGAUCGCAUUCAAUUCCCACACUCCCCCCCGGGAUAGCAACUGGCGGAAAGAAUGGUACAUCACAGCGGCAGCAGCAACAUCCUGGGCAUUCACUCGCUAGUAACGCAACAGUAGCAGCCUCGCCGCAUACAGAUCCUCUUGUACAUAAUUCUGCCCCCCCCCCCAACAACAACGGGUAUAAUAACGGCUUCCAGACUCAGCAUCACCAUCAACCGCAGGGUCAGCAAAUUUCUAUGGACGGCUCUGCACCGGCACCCCCCCCGCCGGUUCUACACCGCACUACCGCAAUGCAACCGACCAGCAACAGGUUCAACAACUGCGUUCCUUCUCUGUCUCCACCAAUUCCUCUUCUUCCGCCGGGCACCCUUCUCACUAUCAACCGGACACGUCUGGGUACUACGGUCAACAAAUGCAGGGCCAGCGCCAGCAGGAUUUGUCCCAUCCGGGAAAUUCAGGUGGAAACGCUGCCAUCGGGGAUAGUCGACCUCCGGCCUUAUAUGACAACGCAUCGCCAGCGAGCUCUGGAACCCUACCUCCGGGCCCUAGCCCUAUAAUGACCAGCGGCUUUUCUACAACUCCCACACAGAUGAUGUCCCAUCACCAUAUAUCCACUUCAGCAUCUGGGGUUACAAGCCCUGUCGCAACAGCGUCACCUGUCGGUGGUAUCCCGGGAACGGUAAUGGGAAAUCAGCAAAUGAAUGUGGUGACUACCUACCCUCCUCGUCGAAAGGCAAUCAGGGCUGCACAAGUAUGUAUCAUUAUUUCUUUUUCUCCUUCUAUACUUAUUUUACCUUGAAUAUUUCAUUCCGUAAGACAUGGCGUCUGUAGGGCCAAAAGUGGAUAACUCCUCCGGAGCACUGAGGGCUUUUGUGAGACCGUUUCAAUGGGGCCCGAAUAUUGGUUUAUGCAUGCUGUGUGAUCAUGUGACCUCACCAAGCCGCUGGGAAUACGCAUUCGCGGGAGGAAGAUGGGGAAAAGAAAAAGAAAAGAAACCCUGGAGCCGGUCUUCCAGAAGAGCGCCUCUGCUUGAAUUUUGGGCGGUUGGUGGAACUGGGCAUGGGUGUGUGUUUACGAUCAACUGCAUCAUUCCGUAUUCCGGUUUAACACCCACUUUUUACCUGCCUGAUGGCUGGACUGGAGACUUCAUUUUUGCGUCUUUUUUCUUCCAUUUACUUGGGUUAUGAUAUGGAAUUUGCACGGGACUGACCUGAUGAAGGCGUGUGACGCUUGCAGAGCGAGAAAGGCUAAAUGUGACGAGGGAAGGCCAAGCUGUGGUUUUUGCAAGGAGUCGCAGAUUGCUUGCGUCUAUAGAGAAGUACCACCGCCGAAGUGAGUUUUAAUACCCCAGUAAAUUUCAGGUCUUACUAAAUCCUUUCUUUUCUUCCCCGAAGGCAAGAUAGGACAUUACUCCAGAUUCUGGAGCGAUUAGGGAGGGUAGAGACUCUGUUAGAUUCGAUCAAUUCUGGCAGAGAAGUAGUUGCAGUUGCGGCUCCGACCGGUGGUAGUGGGGGGACUGGUGGUGCUACCGCACCAAAGGAGGCCGCAACUAUUAAUGAGACAUCUCUACAAAGUUUACAGAGCACUUCGCCUUUUCAUCCUCCUACCCCUGUGGCUCAACAGGCUCAUCCUCAAGCUACAGCGGGCGGUGCCUCUGUUCAGGAUCAUCGCCCACACCCUAGCAAUCCCACCGAGGUUCCGCUAGAGGGGGAUGAGCAGCUCACUAUACCGGUGCAGCAUACUACUGCUGCGCAUAAGCUCAUGGGGUGGCCAAGUAUCCAGAAGAAUAUUGACGAUGAAUUUCUAGCGAAUGAAGGUUAUGUGAUGAAAGCAGAGGAGAAGAGAGGCCCCUUACGUGUGUACGGAAGAGGGGAGAGUUUGGAUUCUUCCGGCUCAAUGUUUGAGGAUCUGGAUGAUCAUGAUGCGGGGUUCAUCUGGGAUAGUGGAAUUGGGGCGGAUGAAGGCGUAGAGGGAUUCUGGAGGAGUACCGAGGAUUCCCCGAUGGAGGAUGUAUUACCGGAAGCCGGGGAUUAUAUGAACUCCCGGAGGAAACCGUCCGCUUAUACGGGGAGUGGAUUGACGACCGGAGGCGGGCUGAAGUUAGACCAUCAGACUACCCUUGCGCUGCUGAAUAGUUUUCUGGCGAAUAUUCAUAUUUUACACCCUGUUGUGGAUAAGGCUGCAGUAACUAAUAUGGUGUUUUUGUUUUCUGAGCGCGUGGCAUCUGUGUCUGCAGUGUCACCCACCACCCCUUAUUCUGCCGGAGCGCUAGGGCCUAACAUAGGGUUGGGACUGGGAUCCACCGCUGAGGGGGAUGGGUCUAUGCCGUCCCCGGGGCUUCAUAGGAGGAACUCUUCUUCCGCGAAGAGAAAGCGGAGCAUAUCCGGAAUCGGGCCACUGCACUCAACGCCUUCCUCCCAGGGGGUGGGGCCUUCUCCACAGCGGAUCCCCAGGACCCUGCACUCGGCCUUGGUACUCUUGGUAAUGGCCCUUGGAGCCGUGUGUUUACAUAAAAGACCAGUCCCAGGACCAUUACCCCCGUUGUCCAAUUCCCCAGGUUUCCGGACUACUACACCUCCCUAUAAAACCUCCGGUCCUUCGUAUCAUGGAGCGGGUUCGCCUUUUCACUCAUAUAGCCAACAGCAGCAGCGCCCUGGUAGAUUACAGUGCAGACAAGGCCGGGAACUUAGGAAUAUUGACGUAAUUCCCGGACUAGCAUAUUUCGUGAAAGCGACAGAGAUCGUGGGGGUUCUGUCGGGGGGUAACGAGUUGGAGAAUGUCCAGAUUUGCCUUCUGGCGGGAUUGUACUGGGGACAGCUGGGGAGGGUAUUGGAUAGUUGGAAGUGGAUUAAUUAUGCAUGCAUGGGGUGCCAGAUAUUGGUUAGGAUGUGAGUUUUGGUUUUGACGUCAGUCGGUCUCGGCAGAGUCUAACUGUGGACAGGAGGUUGGAGAGUGGGGGUAGUGAGCUGAGGAGGGAUAUGAUUCUUCGGGUUUUCUGGAGUUGUCUUCAGCUUGAAAGGUUUGUUCUGGCAUUAUAUUGCUCUGAGGGGUUUCGGUGAUUGUUGAUUGUGUACGGUAGUGAUAUCCUUGCUGAGCUUGACCUUCCGCCGAGCGGGAUAUCGCGAUUGGAGGACUCGAUGCCCCUUCCAAGCGGAAUUACGGACAGUUCAUCCACGGAGGGUACGGAUGAGGACAACUCGUUGAUGUGGAUGUACUACCUCGCUCAGAUUGCCUUGAGAAAGCUACUAAACCGAGCCCACACGUCUCUCUACAAAAGAGGCUAGUCCGCCCUCCAUAUCCUUAGAAGCAACUCUAACAAUCUCCUAGAUAAAGUGAAACUCGACUCCCCCCGCUCCCUCGCGAUGGCCCGAGAACUCGACUACCAGUUGGAACAAUGGAAGCUCCACCUGCCCGAGGCCCUCCGUUGGGAAGAGUCCGACCAACCACCCGCGGACAUCAAUGCCGCCCGCCUUCGCGCAAAGUAUUUCGGUGCACGCUACAUCAUCCACCGCCCAUUCGUCUACCACGCCAUCCACGGUGGAAACGGUGUGUACAAUGCCCCCAGCAACAGCGGUGCCUUUUCUACAUCCCCGCCUGCAAUGUCUACCGGCGAGAUGUCGCAGAGUUCGCCCAGCGCUACCACACCGGGGGGAUUCAAUCCAUCGGGGAAUAUAGUGGGUGGAGGUAGGAGGAUUAGCGUUGCUGGAGAAAGCGAGAGGGCGGAUUUGGCGCCUGUUUCGCUGGAAACUAGUUGUCGGAAGUGUAUUAAUUCCGCGAUCUCUAGUACUACGGCCUUUCACGCCUUCUCGCCCGAUGUGAAUAGACCUGUCAUCACGAAUGUUUUCGGGACAGCGCAUGCGUACUUCUCCCUCUUCCCCUCUCUCGGUCGUGUGCUAACGUUGCUAUAGACAAUUUGGAAACCUCCUUGUCCUCCAAGCAGCCUACCAAUCCCCAGCUCUAAAAAGCAUGGUACCACAGCAUCUCCUUGCCGAAUUAUUCCGGAAGACAAUUCAUUGGCUGCAAACCCUCUCUCCGAUUUCGUCUGCCCUCAAACAUGAUGCGCACAUACUAGAGAAUGCGGCGGCCAAGUUGGAUUUUCAGAUUUCUGCUCCUGUGGGGCGGGGUUGACGCGGGUGGGCGGGUACAUGGCAGUAUAUCUUAUCGCGAGGUUUAUUAUAUUGGUGGUUGGGUUGUCAAGAUGGGAAUUGCUUGUUUGUCAUACCUUGUUUAUUUUUUCGGGCGUUUUCGGUUUUUUUGUUGCUUAGUAUAGUAGUAGUGUACUGAGGAGGAUGAGAAGGUAGGAGAGGGAGGGUCAAUUUUCGCUUUUUGGCAGAGCUGUUUAGAUUAGGCUUCAUGGGAUUUGUCCUUUCCCUUUUGUUUCGUCACUUUCAUCAGUUUCACCAAUUCACCAACCGAGGUUGAUA